CGGCGGCGGGGUCCUCUCCUUUCCCGGUUUGCACGGACGUGGCAGUCACGCCUCUAGCUCCCGCGAGAACCGGAAGUUCCGUUCUCCCUCCGCCCCGAUACUGCACCUUUACCAAUAUGGCAGCCCCCUGAUCGAAGUGAAGCCCUACGGUAGCAGCGCGCGUGCGCGAGCGUGAGGUUAUUUGAGGGGAUGGUAGGCGAGGCCCGCUAACUGGCCGGAGUAGACAGCCUGCUCCGUUUCUAACUAGGCGAGGGGGCGGAACUAGCGACGAGACUUCCCGUCUGUACAAAGAUGGCGGCCGCAGUGGCGCUGUCAUUUUGGUACCGAGCCCAGCGAAGCGCUUAAUUCGACCCGAUCCAGGCCAGAGUCUUUUCCUCUAGGCCUUCUUCGUGCUCAGCUAGUUCCCUGGGCAGUCCCUAGGGAUCCGUGGCGCCUCUCCGCUGUCCCUCCACUCAGCCAGGAGUCAUGUCUUGGGCUGCCCGCCCGCCUUUCCUCCCCCAGCGGCAUGCCGCAGGGCAGUGUGGGCCGGUGGGGGUGCGAAAAGAAAUGCAUUGUGGGGUCGCGUCCCGGUGGCGGCGGCGACGGCUCUGGCUGGAUCCCGCGGCGGCAGCGGCGGCGGCGGCAGCCGGAGAGCAACAAACCCCGGAGCCGGAGCCGGGGGAGGCUGGACGGGACGGGAUGGGCGACAGCGGGCGGGAUUCCCGAAGCCCAGACAGCUCCUCUCCGAAUCCCCUUCCCCAGGGCGUCCCUCCCGCUUCUCCUCCGGGGCCUCCCCUCCCCCCUUCAGCCUCAUCCCUUGGAGGCUCUGGGGCCCCACCCCCACCCCCCAUGCCACCCCCUCCGCUGGGCUCCCCCUUCCCAGUCAUCAGUUCUUCCAUGGGCUCCCCUGGCCUGCCCCCUCCGGCUCCUCCAGGAUUCUCCGGGCCUGUCAGCAGUCCCCAGAUUAACUCAACAGUGUCGCUCCCUGGGGCCGGGGCUGGCACCCCUGAAGAUGUGAAGCCGCCAGUCUUAGGGGUCCGGGGCCUGCACUGUCCACCCCCUCCAGGUGGCCCUGGGGCUGGCAAACGGCUGUGUGCAAUCUGCGGGGACCGAAGCUCAGGCAAACACUAUGGGGUUUACAGCUGCGAGGGCUGCAAGGGCUUCUUCAAGCGCACUAUCCGCAAGGACCUGACCUACUCGUGCCGGGACAACAAAGACUGUACGGUGGACAAGCGCCAGCGGAACCGCUGUCAGUACUGCCGCUACCAGAAGUGCCUGGCCACCGGCAUGAAGAGGGAGGCGGUGCAGGAGGAGCGGCAGCGGGGGAAGGACAAGGAUGGGGAUGGGGAGGGGGCUGGGGGCGCCCCCGAGGAGAUGCCCGUGGACAGGAUCCUGGAGGCAGAGCUUGCUGUGGAGCAGAAGAGUGACCAGGGCGUUGAGGGUCCCGGGGGAACCGGGGGUAGCGGCAGCAGCCCGAAUGACCCCGUGACUAACAUCUGUCAGGCAGCUGACAAACAGCUCUUCACCCUUGUUGAAUGGGCGAAGAGGAUCCCCCACUUUUCUUCCUUGCCUCUGGAUGACCAGGUCAUAUUGCUACGGGCAGGCUGGAAUGAGCUCCUCAUCGCCUCCUUUUCGCACCGGUCCAUUGAUGUCCGGGACGGCAUCCUUCUCGCCACGGGUCUCCAUGUGCACCGAAACUCUGCCCAUUCCGCAGGCGUGGGAGCCAUCUUCGAUCGGUCCCUCUCCAGGGUGCUGACAGAGCUAGUGUCCAAAAUGCGUGACAUGAGGAUGGACAAGACAGAGCUUGGCUGCCUGCGGGCAAUCAUUCUGUUCAACCCAGAUGCCAAGGGCCUGUCCAACCCCAGCGAGGUGGAGGUCCUGCGGGAGAAAGUGUAUGCGUCCCUGGAGACCUACUGCAAACAGAAGUACCCCGAGCAGCAGGGACGGUUCGCCAAGCUGCUGCUACGUCUUCCAGCCCUCCGGUCGAUCGGCCUUAAGUGUCUAGAGCAUCUGUUUUUCUUCAAGCUCAUUGGCGACACCCCCAUCGACACCUUCCUCAUGGAGAUGCUCGAGGCCCCCCACCAGCUGGCCUGAGCCCACCCCUCAGGACGGAGCGGCGCCUUCCAGGAGGACUCGAAUCCUGGGGCGGGGGAGGGGGCGUGUUCCCAGACCAGACCUCAGGAGGGGUGCGCAGCACAGACCGAGCCCCCCAGGGCGGUCCUCAACCCUCUGAAGGGCCGCUUGGUACCCCACGUCAGAGGGGACUACAGACCCGUGAGGCCUGGGCGUCUCCCGUCGGUGGCCUUGGGCCUCUGAGUUGUUGGGGUCUCCCGUGGUUGGGGUGACCCCUCACCCGCCCUCCUCCAGCACACAGCACUGGCCCUAUGUCAGGGCCCUGCUUCCUUUCCUUUGGCCUCACUCCCACCUGAGUGGAGGUGGGGAGCUCUCCAGGGAUGGGUAUUGGGGGGCAGGCCCCCCGAGCGAUGGACGUGCAAGUCGGGCCGGGAGGCCACCUUCCUCCCAGCCCUGGCAGGUGGGGGCUCAGGAAGAGGGAGGGGUGACCUGUCCAGGCUCUGCUUUCACGCCUCACCUGCAGACUGAGAAGAGGGUGCUGUGGUGCAGGGCUGGUGCCGAUGCAGGAACCCGUCUAUUUUUAAUUCCCUCUGAGGGUGGAGACUUGCAGUUAGACUCAAAGAAGUACUGUACUUCCCCAGGUCGGCUAAGAGAUGCCGGGGUGGCGUGGGGAUCCGGACGAGGCGGCUGAGGUCUGCCCGUGGGGCUCGCCAGGCCCUGGCCUUCCCUGCGCUCCUGACUGGGCUGGGAAGGGCCAGGCCGGUCGGCGGGCUGCGGGGGACCUUCCCCUCGCUCUUCUCCAGCCCAGCCGCAUGGCUGUGGGGGACCCCUGCCUGCAGAGCCUGGGGCUGCAUGAGUUUUACCCUGCGUCUCUUCUUGGGGUCCUUUCCCUUCCCUCACACAUAAAAUCGCUUUCAAAUUAAA